UAAAUGAUCAUUUUUCAAGUUGUAUUAUCUUUGAAAAAUGAUCAUUUUUCAAUUUAUCAGAUGCAUGAAUAAAAGAUUAUCAUAUCUAAAUAGAAGAUAUACCAUCUUAAUACAAAGAUAUGCAAGUCUUAUGCGUACUCCCCCCAAAAAAGAUCAUUUAGACAUGAGUACAAUUGCAUCUAAAUGAUCAUUUAGGUGUACACCUAAAUGAUCAUUUUAGGUGUACAUGACAUGGUAUAUCUUCUAUUUAGACAUGAUGAUCUUUUAUUCAUGCAUCUGAUAAUCCUUUUGACUUGAUGAUUGUUGGCUGUUAUUAGCUUAGAGCUGUAAUGUUAGGAAUUUUAUGCCCUUGUUAAAAUGAGUGGCCCUACUGCCUUUGGUGCAUAGUAUACACUGCACACACUUAACUUUGUCUUUUUAUACCAAUCCCCUUCACUUGCAAUAAGCCUCCCAACACAUCAAAGGGAUCCACAGUUCAAAAGCCAUGUUCCAUCCUUCUUCUUCCUCGUCGCCACCAACCUACAGUGACUCCUCCAUGCACCAUGCACUGAGCUUCUCUUCGGCUCUGCCCACAGCUCCAACUGAAAUUCCUGGCAGCGGCGGCGGUUUCGUCGACGACAAGGGCAGCAUGUUCUCUCUUCCCAAUGUUGCGGGCUCGGCGCCGCCUCCCUCCUACUACUCUUCCCUCCCUUCCUUCUACAUCCACAGGAGCACCAGCUCGCACUCCCUCCUUCACCACCGGUUGUCUGACCUCCUCAACAGUAAUGCCGCAUUCUCUUACUCGUCUGCUCCAGCUUGCCAAUUGCAGCCCCUCCCACCUGUUUCUUCCUCCACUUCAUCAUCCUCCGGCGAUCUCUUGGAGUUCAGCUCCGGGACCCUGCGCCGUGUCUUCAGCACCGGCGACCUGCAGGCGAUGAAUGUACCGCCAUCGCCACCGCCACCGCCGCCGUUUUCAGGUGACAUCUGCAUCCAGGAGGUCGGCGGCCCGUUUUCGCAGAAGGUGGGCCGUUACAGCGCCGAGGAACGCAAGGAGAGGAUCGAGAGGUACCGCGUCAAGCGCCAACAGAGGAACUUCCACAAGAAGAUCACUUAUGCCUGCAGGAAGACGCUGGCAGAUAGCAGGCCAAGGGUGCAGGGCCGCUUCGCGAGGAACGCCGAAACCGAGGCCGAUGCCGAGGCCGAUGCGGUGGCCGGCCUGGACACCGAGGUGUACGGCAAUGGCUAUGGAUACUGCGCCUACAGCGGCCUCACCAACAGUAUCAGCAGCAAUUGCUACGACAACCAGAGCCAGAGCCAGUGGUGGGGAACGCCAGCUGGCGCGGCCAAUUGGCAGCACCAGCAGCAGAAGCAGCAGCUUGGUUUCGACGUCGCCGUCGACGGCGACGACGAGGACUACGAGCUGUGCUGUGGGCCAGCAUCGCUGACAUGUGCUCAGGGACCUGACCCUGAGCUGAUCUGACCUGUCCGGCCACACACGCCGGCAGCAGCUGAUUGGCGCUGCCAGGUGCAAGGAAGGCGGGGGGAGGCAACCGAGCGGCGGCUGCCGUGGACAGUGCGGUGGUCGGAGUGGCGUCGCUGACCUUCUUGUCGCCGUAGUGUAACUUCGCCUUAAAUUAGUUAUAGAAGCUAAGAAAAGAGAAGGGUAAAAAAAGGGAAAAGAAAUAGACCCUCUCGUGAACCAAGCCAAGAAAAACCAGCUUGUUGUUUUUGUGUGGUCAGGAUUAGCAAUUUAGUAGGCAUUUAGUACUACUUUGAUAUCUUUCUCCGAUAGAAGUUUGGCCAUGGUUUUGCUUUGUCACACCUGAAAUUUGAAGAAAGUCUUGAGUGCUGCAA